UCAACAACAACGACAACAACAAUGAGCACCUGUAUUAUGACCACAUCAAUGUUGGCUAUUAUAACUAUAUCGUUGUUAAUCCAUACCACCGAAACUCAGGUAGCACUGGAUCCAGGUGCUCAAUUUUUCAAUCCCGGUCCAGCCGGUGCAGCCAUGUUUAACCGAUUUCCCGGCUCACCAGUCGGCAGUCAACUGUAUAGCGGCCACCAGUUGUCACCGCUCGGUUCGCUGGCAUUCAGUGUUGGCCGCGGCUGUGAUUUCCGUUUGGAAAACGACGGCGACUAUCAAAAGUGUCGUCAGGAAGCCAUUGUCGACUGGGGCGGCACUACCUAUACGGACAGGCAGAUCAAAUAUUUGUGCUGUUAUACCUGGGAUGUUCUAGACUGUAUGGAAACGGCUGUCCAGUACAGGUGCGCUCCCGGUGCCGACUACGACAUGGAAGACCAUUUCCGUAACUUUGCCAUACGUAAGACAGAGUUGCGCAACUCUCUGGAAAGAUACCAGUGUGUCGACUAUCCCUAUCGGUCCAUAUACUGUCACUUUUAUUGGUGGGUAAUCCUAAUUAUUUGUAUCGUCGUAUUGCUGGUAAUGUUGGCCGUAGCAGCCAUUUGCUAUCGAUUGGUUAGGAAAUCUAGGGGACAGUCAGCCCAGUCGAUGAAGACAACCGAUGUUAAGGAGCAAGCACAGUUAAAUGACGCCUUCGAUGAGUUUAGAUAUAAAGAUAUAUUUUCGCCCACAGAGAGUAGGGAUCUUAGAUAA